AUGGCGUUGCCUUGCUGCUCCCUCCAGCGCCCGAGCCUCCUCCUCUGCUUCGCCCCCUCCUCUGCUCCCUCAGCCAUGGCCGCGCCCAAGCUCCUGCUGCAGCCGCCGCAAGAGACGCAGUGCCGUCCCCGCGUAGCCUCUCCGUCGCGCCGCCCGUCGCCGGAGACCUGCGGCAACCUCCAGCCGCGCCCGUCCUGGAGCUCGUCCGCCUCCCCAAGCCACCGCGUCCUCGCCUCCGGCGACCGUCACCACUCCGUGCACACCGCUGCCCCGAGCUGCUUCGCCUCCCUCCUCCUCGAGCCGGCCUCCCCGCCUCUGGCAACGGCCGUCAUCCCGCGCCGAAGCUCCUCCGCCCUGAGCUCCGUUCGCUUCGGGCGCCAGCCGACUGGAUUCGCCGUCUUCGCUGUUCCCGGUGCCGCCGGAGCCAUGCCCCUUCGCCGUCGUGUCGCCUUGCCUCGCUUCCUGCCUCCCGCGUGCCCCGCUGGGCGCGUGUGUGCCCGCGUCCAGCACCUCCCGCUCGCUCCGCCACGGCCUCCUCGACGUGGUCGAGCCCGACCACGACCCUCUCCACGCGCCACAGAGGUCUCGCCUCCUCCCUGUGGCAUCGCGCGCCCAACGUCCAUGGCCUCUCCAGCCUCCAGAAGCUCUGCUUCCCUUGCUGCACGCUAA